UGGUGAAUAGUAUAUUACAGGUUGCAUAGUACCAAAGAAGAGAGUUCAGUGUCAAAGUUCGAGGUGCGCCGUCAAAUAUUUACAGAGCAAAACCUGCUGUGCCCAGUGUGGGUGUGAUUGGUAGUGAUAUGUGACAUUGAUUAUUUGUGCAAAUACUAUUAUCCAUUGACAAUAAAUAAAUACACUUUUAUUUGUCAUACAGUUGUUAUGCAGUAUAAUACCAGAGGUUGAAACUAAUGCGGGAUACCCCCCAAAAUGCAACCGUCAUUUUCAAAAACAUUAAUUAAACCUCUUAAAUGAUACGUGACCCCACAUUUUCUUGCAGGUAGAUUAGACGUGAGGUGUCACACUUUCUAUUGCUGUACUCCAACGAGUGUUAUAUAUAAGUUAUAUCAGUCUUAUUAGUAGACGUUAACAUUAUCGGCAAUAUGAAUUGAUUUGGUCUAUUAGAACCUACAAGAAAGUUUUUGCAUUUACCUCCCUUUUCCAAGAUGGCGACAUCCAUGGAAGCAUGUGAUUUUAUGUUUUAUGUAAAACAAUGCUUGCGUCUCUGCUUACAAAGCCUGUAUUUCUAAGAAAUUGUUUACAUCAUCAUAAGGCGAUGAGUACAUUUGUUUCUCGGGUUAGCCCAGUGACUGGGAAAAUGGACUGGGUGCUGCAAGAUGACAACUAUGAUUAUCAUCAAGAAAUUGCAAGGUCUGCCUAUGCUGAUAUGCUUCAUGAUGCAGAGAGGAACGAGAAGUACUACGCUGCUAUCCGACAAGCAGUGUUGUUGUUGCACAGCCGUGGGAAAAAAGUAAACGUCCUUGACAUUGGCACAGGCACAGGAUUGUUGUCAAUGAUGGCUGUUAGAGCGGGGGCAGACAAGGUCACAGCUUGUGAGGCCUUCAAACCAAUGGCUCAGUGUGCAGGGGAGAUAAUUAAGAAGAACGGCUGUGAGGAAAAGAUAACUCUGAUUCCUAAAAGAUCUACAGAGCUGACUGUUGGACCAGAUGGAGACAUGACCGAGCGUGCUAACUUGCUAGUGACGGAAGUGUUUGACACGGAGCUCAUCGGUGAAGGAGCAAUAGGAACAUACACUCACGCACACGCACAGUUGUUGGAGGAUGAUUGCAUUGUCGUACCUGGAUCGUCCACAGUGUAUGCCCAGCCUGUACAUUCCUCCUUCAUCAGCAAGUGGAACCAGAUUCCACCUGUUAGUGUUGCCAAUACAGGAGUUAUCUCCCCUCCUCCUGAAUUUACCAGAUGUGGCGGUGCCCCGUCUCUACAUGACCUACAGCUCAGUCAGAUACCGUCUAACCUCUUCACAGUAUUAUCCGAACCCCAUGAAGUGUUUUGGUUUGACUUCAGUAAGAAAAAUGCACUGAAGAGUCAUGAACAGUCAGAAACCCGUCUUACAUCGCUGGCAGACGGACAGGUGGACGCCAUAUUCAUGUGGUGGGACCUCGUCAUGGAUCCUAAAGGGGAGAUCACUCUAAGCUGUGCACCUCAAUGGGUACAUCCAGAUAAAAAGAAGCUACCAUGGAGGGAUCACUGGAUGCAGGCAAUCUACUACCCCUCCGUGUCGCUCCCCGUGAGACAGAAUGAAACCUUCCACCUUGUUAGCUGCCAUGAUGAAUACAGUCUGUGGUUUGAUGUCUUCGGUAGCAGACAGAGUGCACCUGUGUUAGAACACCCUGUGUGUACGUGUGGCUUACAUGUAGCCAUUAGUCGAACACGGUUAGGGAUGAUGGGAGAUGAUCGUCGAAUGGAAACAUGGUGUAAAAUACUCAAAAAGCAUAUAACUGAUUCAUCGGUGUGUGUGUCUGUUGGUGAUGGAUGUUUGUUGCCUCUCUUAGCUGCAAAACUUGGAGCUAAGCAGGUGUUUGCAGUGGAGCGAAACAUAUCUACUAGUCGAGUUGUCUCAGCGUUUAUUCACCACAACGGUCUGGAAAAGCGGGUUAAGUUGUUACGGAAACCAGUUGAAGAUAUCACCGAGGACGAUCUCGAUGGACUCAAGAUCGACCUAGUAAUGAGCGAGCCCUAUUUCACGUCGUCACUUGUUCCAUGGCACAACCUGUACUACCACUACGCUGUGGGCCACCUCGCCCCACUGAUGUCCUCCUCGGUGACAGUGCUGCCAGUGUCGAUGACCAUCAAGGCUGUUGGGAUGCAGUUCUCGGACUUGUGGAAGAUCCGUGCCCCUGUCGGAAACUGCGAGGGAUUUGAUCUCCACAUCUUUGAUCAGUUAAUACAAAAUUCUCGACAAGUCUCUGAUGUUUCUGUUGAACCACAACCGUUGUGGGAAUAUCCUGGGAAACCACUCACUCAGGAAAGGGAGAUAAUCAGUUUUGAUUUUACAAAUAACUCCAGGAUAGCAAGUGAAGAAAAAACAGUUACAUUGACAGUGAACAGUGAUGGCACUCUGAAUGGUGUUGCUCUGUGGACGGAAUACGACAUGGGUGAAGAUAGUGUGAAGAUUUCCACCGGCCCCACAUCCGACCUCGUUGCAAACGAGUUUGUCAGAUGGGACUGUCACACUCGACAGGGUGUACACCUGCUACCUCAACCAAAGCACGUUCGACCAGGCGUGGAGUUAACCACCACUCUCUCGUUCAAUGAAAACACUGGAGACUGUGCUUUUACAUUUCACUUGUGAAUGGUCAUAUCAAGAAUUAAUUCAAUUAUUCUUUUUAUUAUAAUUUUUUUCUUUUUUCUUGAUGGGUUACCAUUUUAACUGCUGAAUUUAAUGUACAGGAUUAGCAUUAGGAGUAAGUUGUCAAAAACUUGAAUCGGGCAUUAUUUGUCAUGGUCAUUUGAAAAGAUUCCCAUUACAUUUUUAUAAAAUAUUUUAUAGCAGGGCUACCUCUGGCACUCGCCAAAUUUGUCAGUUGUGAAUUUUAAAAAUAACAGGCAAUGGUUAUUUUAAUUUGGAGAAAUAGUUUCAUGUAAUAAUGGAUAUUUUGUUAGAAAAUUACUGGUUUCUGCAAUUUGUCAAGUUUAAAUAGAUAAUUUGACAAAAUGUUCUGCUCUCCCAGAGCUAGCCUUGUAUAGGAUGGACUUUGUUAUAUACUGUUCUAAGUAUGUUGGAGAUAUUUGAAUUAUACUAAGAAUAAAUAUUAAUACUGUAUAAAGAGAUACGAGUUGCAUGUCAGGUUGUUCUUGAAAUGUAUAAUAUAUACAAUUAAUUUCUUAUACAAAAUGGAACACAUCAUUGUGUGCUUCAUGAACCUGUUUUAUUAUGUGCAUAAUUGUUUUAUUAAGUUUCUAAGUGAUUGUUUUUUCAUUUAGCAUUUUGGCAGCAUAUAGUAAAUACUGUUUUUGUGCAAUAAAAUAAUGGCCAAAAAAACAAA